AUGGCAUUCACUGUUUGUAGCUCUUAUUGCAUCACAAUAUCCAUUGUUCUCGUAGUGUGCGGUGUUGUUGUUGUUCCCUCUCACGGAGCCACAGAAUCGGAACUGCUCCUCGCCGUGAAGGAUAAAUUACAGAACACCAAAGAGUUAUCUUCAUGGACACCAUCUACGACUCCGUGUUCAGGUAGAAAAGCAAACUGGAAAGGUGUUCUUUGCAAUAAUGGGGUAGUAACCGGGCUGCAGCUUGAGGGUAUGGGGCUCAAGGGUGUCAUUGAUAUCGAUUCUCUCAAGGGUUUACCAAAUCUUAGAACCAUAAGUUUCAUGAAUAAUGAACUUGAGGGUCCAAUGCCACAAAUCAACAAGCUAAACGGUUUGAGGUCGGUAUACCUUUCAAACAAUAAGUUUUCUGGUGUUCUUCCGGACAACGCCUUCCAAGGCAUGGUAUGGUUGAAGAAAAUCUAUUUGUCAAACAAUAAGCUUACGGGUCCUAUUCCGGAAGGUUCUCUGACCAAAUUGCCAAAGCUUAUGGAGUUGAAGUUGGAUGGCAAUCAAUUUACUGGGCCUGUUCCCAACUUGCCACAGACUUCAUUGACCUCACUUAGCUUCGCAAACAACAAGUUGCAAGGCCCAAUUCCAGAUUCCAUGUCCAAGAUGCCCUCUGCUUCCUUUUCUGGUAAUGAAGAGUUAUGUGGACCGCCUUUGGGAGAAUGUAAGAACCAGAGCCAAGACCAGAAUCAGAAUAACGACGACAAGAGGAAGCACACAACCAUGAGCAUUGUUGUGGUUGUCGUAGCUGUGGUGGUGGCAUUGAUAGUGAUUGCAGUAGUAAUGUUCAUCCUUUUUUACCGUAGGAAACAAGCGAAAAAACGAGAAACAGAAUCAUCGAUGGAGAGUCAAGAAAUAGGCGCACCGCAACUGAGGAAAGGUAAAUCAAAUCAAUUUGGGAAUGAGAUCAGAAGCAGGUCAAUUAGAUCGGUAAGCUCCAACCACAGCAGAAGAGGAGGGGAUCACAUGAAGUUGUCGUUCAUAAGGGAAGACGGAGAGAAAUUCGAGCUGCACGAUUUGCUGAGAGCUUCGGCUGAGAUCAUGGGAAGUGGAUGUUUCAGUUCUUCAUACAAGGCUUCUCUACCCAAAGGGCAAAUGAUAGUGGUGAAGAGGUACAAGCAGAUGAACAAUGUAGGAAGGGACGAGUUCCAUGAACACAUGAGAAGGAUUGGAAGGUUGAAUCACCCAAAUCUGCUUCCUCUUGUGGCUUACUACUACAGAAAGGAGGAGAAGCUCUUGGUUACUGACUUAGUUAAGAAUGGAAGCUUGGCUGUUCGCCUUCAUGGGUACCAAAGUCUUGGACUAGAAAGUCUUGAUUGGCCAGCGAGGUUGAAGAUUGUGAAAGGAAUAACCAAAGGUCUUGAAUAUCUAUUCAAGGACUUGCCAAGCCUUAUAGCACCACAUGGAAACCUUAAAUCCUGCAAUAUUCUUCUAACAGAAUCUCUUGAGCCACUCCUCUGUGACUACGGAUUGAUUCCACUUAUAAACCAGGAACUCGCCAAGGACAUCAUGGUUGUGUACAAGUCCCCAGAGUACUUGAACAAUGGAAGAAUCACAAAGAAGACUGACGUGUGGUGCCUUGGAAUCUUGAUCCUGGAGAUUCUCACUGGAAAGUUCCCUGAGAAUUUCUUGCAGCAGGGUAAAGGGAGCGAGGUGAGUCUCGCAAGUUGGGUUCGUUCCAUUGCCCCAGAAGAAUGGACCAAGGAGGUCUUUGAUAAGGAGUUAAUGGGAGCGAUCAAGACCAGUGAGGGAGAGAUGGUGAAGCUGUUGAAUAUUGCGAUGGCGUGUUGUGAAGAGGAUUUGGAGAAAAGGUGGGACUUGAAAGAAGCAGUUGAGAAGAUUGAAGAGAUUAGAGAGAAGGAUCAAGAAGAUGAUUUCUUCACUGUUGCUGAUGAUGCGGAUGUAGGGUCUACAAGGACUUUGUCUGGUGAAAUCAAUUUCUAG